AUGUCACUCUUCAGUAGAUUCUUCUAUAGAAGACCUCCUAAUGGAUUGCUGGAAUUCGUUGAAAGGGUUUAUGGUUGGUAUUCUAUCUGAUAUUCUAGUAAUAAACAGUUAUCUCUCUCUUGUCUUGCCUUUCUGUAUUUCUUCUGAUGCGAAUAUUGUUACAUUGUGUACAACUGUUUGCAGUGUUUGAUUCUUGCUUCUCAACUGAGGUUCUUUCGGAUGGAAUGUACGAGGUCUACCUACGUGAAAUUAUAACUGAACUGCAUGAAGAGUUUUCUGAGUCUUCCUUUCUUGCUUUAAACUUUAGAGAAGGUGAGAAGAAAAGCCAGUUUGCACAAGUUCUGUGUGAGUACGAUGUGACAGUCAUUGACUAUCCUCGGCAAUAUGAAGGCUGUCCUCUUCUUCCUUUGGCUCUUAUUCAACAUUUCCUUCGUGUGACUGAGUCUUGGCUUUCUUUCGGAAAUCAUCACAAUAUUAUUCUGAUACAUUGUGAGAGAGGAGGGUGGCCACUAUUAGCAUUUUUGUUGGCCAGCUUUUUAGUUUUCAGAAAAUUGCAAAGUGGUGAGCAACGAACUCUUGAAAUCAUCCAUCGUGAAGCCCCCAAAGGGUUUCUUCGACUUUUAUCACCACUCAAUCCAUUCCCUUCGCAACUUCGUUAUCUGCAAUAUGUUGCUAGGAGAAACAUUUCACCAGAAUGGCCACCUACUGAACGAGCUAUUUCUCUGGAUUGCCUCAUCCUUCGAGCUAUUCCAAGCUUUGAUGACUGUAACGGUUGCAGACCAUUAGUUCGAAUUUUUGGGCGGAACCUCCAUGGAAAGGCUGGUCUUUCAACCACCAUGCUGUUUUCCAUGUCCAAGAAGAAACAUUUACGACAAUAUCGACAGGUAGAAAACUUGAUACUAUAUUGUGAGUUUCUAGAUAUGCGAUUCAUCUGUCUCUGUGGCAACAUAAGUUGGUUUCUUUCUACAGGCAGAAUGUGAUGUAAUAAAAAUUGACAUUCAAUGCUUAGUUCAAGGAGAUGUUGUUUUAGAAUGUCUUCACUUAGACUUGGAUGCUGAAAGGGAAAUCAUGAUGUUUCGAAUAAUGUUCAACACUGCAUUUAUUCGUUCAAACAUCUUGAUGCUGAACUGUGAAGAUAUUGAUAUUCUUUGGGGUUCAAAGGAUCGAUUUCCAAAGGGUUUUCGUGCAGAGGUAAUUGUGAUCGAGUUUAAUUGA